UGAGAUCACCUGAGUAGACCUAACAAACCUGAGUGUUGUUUACCUACCAGCCUCUGAUGGUCCUGAUGUCUUAAUAUAGUGAAGAACUCCUUUAGCUGCUUGUGUGACAGUGACCAACUUUGUCAUGUGGAACCAAAUUGAAAUCAGUGGGACACCAAGACACACUGCAGGGAAGUGGAAGAAAUCAACUCUUAGGAUUCUGCCCUGCACAGUGUCGCAGCUUCUGUCCGCACCUGAAAUCAGCAAUGAUACCUUUGCAAUCUGUGAGCGUGAACUCAACCAGGUGUCUGUUGUGGGCGUCAUCCGAGGAUGUUCCCCCUUCGAGAGCAUCGUCCAGUACUCUGUGGAUGACAUGACGGGUCCUCCGUUAAAUGUGAAGCAGUGGGUCAACAAAGAGGACUGUGCGACCAUGACCGAUGCUUCUCCUGGAACAUACGUGAAGGUGACAGGAAGUCUGCGUAAUUUCAGAGCUCAAAGGUAUUUGAUCUCCAUGAAUAUCCGCUGCAUCGAGGACAUGAAUGAGAUCACAUCCCACAUGCUGGAGGUGGUACAAGCCCAUAUGCACCUUACUGGAAAGGUGUAUGAUGUGAAUAUGAACACCUCUCUUCCCUCACUGGUUGGCGGGGUCAGCAUUGGACAUCCUCAAGCUUUGUCCACCUUCCAGGACCAGGUGUUCAAUGCAAUCAGGAAGUCCUCUAACCAUAAUGAAGGCAUCAGUUUGCAGGACCUGAAGGCUCAGCUGCAUUUCCUCAGAAUGUCGGACAUCAGAUCCUCCUUGACCUUUCUCUUAAAUGAAGGCCAUGUCUUCUGCACCAUCGAUGAGCAUCAUUUUAAGACAACAGGAUAUAACUAGGCUGCCCGAAGGCCAGUGAAACAUCAAGGUAUCACUGGCCUGAAACUACAGCUGAACAGAAUGUAAUGUAAAUCCAUCUUAUGGUUGAAUUGUUGUUCCGGCUAAAUUCAGUCAUUAUUUAUGAGCCACUGCAGCUAAUGGCUUUGUCGGCUUUUGUCUAAAGCUCAUAUAGUUUAUUAUAGUGAAUCAUUUGUUGCCUGUUAGAAAUUCCUGCAUAUUCUGAUGGAUGUUCAGGCUUUGUUCUGUUUAACCAUAUAAUUAUAGUUUAUUUAUGCUGUGCUUUCUGAGGACCCUUAAAUGGAAGCUGCAUAUAAAGAAUCAUGUCUAAAUCA